AUGCUUGGUAGAUUAUUCAAACAUAAUCCUCCCUCAACUCAAGUACAUACGCCGCCGCAAAUUUCAUCCCUGGCUUCACCUCCAAUAACAACACCAUUUGAGGAUUCACAUUCUAGAGAAAUACUAUAUGGUACAUGCAAUGCUAAUCUGUUGAAGCCUUUUCAAUUUAAUAGUAAAUAUUUCAGAAUCAUUAUAUCUCAAGAUGGAGGUAAUCUACGGUCAAAGGAAAUCUUAUUUGAUACUGCUUUUGAACUGAUACAACAACAGCAACAGCAGCAACAACAACAAUCUACUUCGCCACUUCAAUCACCUUUACAACAAUGUCAAGAGCUGAGACGCGUUUCAUUGAAGAAACUGACUAAUCUGCGUAUAUACCACAAUACCACUGAUUUGAAUGAUUUGUCAUUUGGAUGUGGAUUACCUACUAAUGAAGUACAAACAAUCACCAAACUACAUACAUUACCCCCUAUUACAAACUCAUCUACAUCAUAUCACGCGGUAUUGAUAACACGACUAUUUUCUAUAAGUGAUGCAGAAGUAUACACACCAAAUGCAACUUUUCAACAAGGUAGUGGUGAUGAUUGGGAACCUAAAUCAGCAACAACGACAAAGGAAUCAAGGGUGAAACUUCAUGAUUUGAAAAUUAAUAGCAGAUUUUCCAUUGGAGUAGUGAUACCUUUAGAAUGUGGGAAUUUUGUACAUGAAGAUAUUAUUAAUGAAUGGAGUGAAAUAUCCCACUUCUUAACCUUGUUGCAAAAAUUAGUGUAUCGGAAACUACUUUUACAAUUGAACCUGGUUAUUGAUAAUGGCAAUGGGUGCGAGUAUUUAGUGAAGAAGAGAUUACAAUUUCCCAAUUACAUUUUACAAAAUGAUUUCGAAUUACAUGCUCAAUUGGGGAAACUUGUCAAGCUAGUACAUUAUGAUAAUAAUACGCCCAGAUUAAUAAAUACAAAUUAUUUUAUGAAACUCAACAAGACAAGUUAUAAUUCGAGCUUAAUGAAUUGGAUAUUGGAAACUCUUAACUGGCUUGAGUUUAAAGAUGGAAGGUGUAAUACACCUUUCGGUAAUACUCACACUGAUAAAAAUCCCUCGUUUCUUGCUACGUUGAUGUCGCUACUAAUGCGACAUAGGAAAUCUUUAGGACUGAGGCCAUAUUACAAUAAUUCACGCAAUACUCGAGAAGUAACACGAGUGGUUGUAAUGACAGGAAAUCCAGCAGUGGCCAAGCGGCUAAUUUUCAUCUUGAAUGGAUUAAUUGCUAAUACUGAGUCUGUGAAAUGUGGCGAUACAGAUCAAUAUGUAUUUAAUAUGCAUAAUCACAAUAGCGGUGUUACUGCUGCCGAUGCAUCACAAAGUGAUGAUAACCCUGAAGAUGAGAAAUACUCAACCGACGAUGAUUGGAAUUCACCUUCAACUUUGACUAAUAGUAUAAUAACUGAAAGGGCAAAUCUGAAUUCUCAUGUGCUUGAAGUUUCACGAGUAAAACCAUCUGCCGUUAGUAUCCCCAUAAAUAGACCCAAAUCAUCACAAGGGCCAACUGUGGGUAUUCCUAUAAACACACCAACAACAUCACAAGCAUCAUCAUCACUUUCUAAAUCUGCAUCAUUAGCACAACUUUCAUCAUCAUUGAAUUCAUCAUAUUCAUCACUACAGUCUAAUUAUUCAUUGUCCAAGUUUGGUGCUGGUGCUGGUGCUGGUGCUGGUAGCAGUGGUUCAUUUAUGGAGAAAUGGAAAAAUUCAUUUAGUAAUCAACAGCAUACCUCGAGUAAUAAUAUGGGUGGAUAUUUUGACGAGCCCCCCAGUUUAGGAAUGCGGAAACCAUCACAUCAAUCGUUGAGAACACCAUCACCAGCAUUUGAACAUGAUGAUUUUAAUUGGCAAUCAUCAAGUUAUACCAAUUCAAUUGCAUCACCGAUGUCAAUGACACCUAGUAAAAUUUCACGGACUCAGUCACUUUAUGACUUAUAUGAUUUGGGUAUGAAUUCAAUGAGUGAGGAACAAUUGUCAGAAUCAUCUCAUUCGUCGUCAUCAUUAACGGAGAAUCAUAGCACCCAAACAAGUCAACAUCAUGGCCACAAUCACAAUAAUGGGAAUGGCAUUUCUAAUGUAUUUGAAGUGAAGCGAUCAAAGACGAGUGUGUAUACGCCUUUUGUAAGUGAUCGACUUGUUAAAAAUGUUGCUGAAUAUAAUCGAUCAACAAUCCAAUUCAAGUGCAAACAAAUUAUGGAAAGCUCACCUAAAUGUAAGAAACAGGACACAAUUUAUGAAGUUGAUUGCCAGUUUGAUAAUAAGGACACAGCUCAAGCAACAACAUGUGAAGGUGAAACUCCUACAACAACCUCAACCAUUUUCAAACACAACAUCUUGUUACCAUGUGUUGGAUACUGCGAUGAAUAUCGACCUGAAUUUAUUCUCCAAUCAUGCCCCAUAAAUCCCAAAUUAGAACAACAAGUGAUGAGUUCAAUGAAAAAUGAUUUGAUAUAUUAUCAAAAUAAUUACAAGUAUUCUAAGAUUACCACGAGGACGAUAUUUGUCAAUUUACGAGCUAGGGAGAUUAAGACGAUUGAAAUGAAUAUUGAUAAUGAAAAGAUGCAACUGCAGCAACAAUUGGGCAAUCAAGAUAAGUCUGACACUCAAUUCAUGGCACAAUCAGACGUGAAUGAAGGAGAUAAAAGAACUGUCAAUGGUAAUGGUAUUGGUUCUACAUCUACUUCGUACAAGACUAAGAUACACAAGAUUUAUUCACCAUUGAAAUGCGUUGGCAAUAAACGAUUAAUUUCCCAUGUCGAAUCCAUCUUGUUUCAAAUUGAUGAAUUGUUUAAAAUUCAACAACAAUUGUAUCAUGAUAAGAAAACAAAGGAUAAGAAACAGUUUCAUGACAAAUUGUUGGGAUUAGUUGCCGAAUUGAUUGAUUGA